AAAUUGUUUUAAUCUCUCUCCUCUUCCUUCUUCUUCAUCAUCCAUAAAACCACUCUAGAAUUCCCCAUUAAACCUUCAAAUUAACUAAUCAUGACACAAUUCUUCCUUCUACCAUUUUUACUUCUUCUCACGGCGGAGACGAUUCCGUUUACGGCGGCGCAUUUGACCUACGCGCCACCUCCGACGACUUCUUCUUCUUCAAAUUACUCAUUUAGAGACCUUCACCCCUCCUUCCCCGUUAUCAUCAUUGCUUUAAUCAUGUCCUUCUUCCUAACCGGCUUCCUUAUUAUCUGCAUCCACCAAUGCAAUGGCGAUGACGUUAAUUCACGCCGUACUUCCUCCCCUACUAUCUGGCGACUUCCGUACGGCCUCGAACCGUCUGUAAUCAAGUCAUUCCCAAUUUUUAGCUAUUCAGAAGUUAAGAAUCGGAUUAUAAACAAGGGAGAGGGUUUGAUUGAAUGUGCUGUCUGUAUUAACGAUUUCGUUGACGGUGAUAAACUUCGAUUGCUGCCGAAAUGCAAUCAUGUUUUUCAUCCUUACUGUAUUGAUAAUUGGUUGAUUUAUAACUCUACUUGUCCGAUUUGUCGAACAAAUCAGUCGAAUCGAUCAUCUAAGAAGGAUGGAAAGUGCAAUUCGAGAACAGUGGAGAAUCUUGAUGACGAUGGAGAAAUCUGUGUAUUGGAAAAUCAGGUUUCGAUAAUGGUUGAUUCAGUUUCCGGCGAUCAUGAUUCGAGUGAAUUGAAUCGAAAUCCGGUUAGGUUUGUGGAGAAGUUUCCUAUGUUGAACUCGACGGGGAAUUCUUUAACUCAGGUUGAUCUAUCGUCGGCGGCGGAUGAGAUCGGGAUUCAGGUAGCGACGCCGCCGCCGUGAUGUGGUUUCGAUGUGGGUCCGGUUUUGUCUUGAAACGAUGAGUCGGGCCAAUGGUUUAGUUAGGGCAAGUGGUAUUGUAAUUAUCAUUUUAUUAAAUUUUAAAAAUAUCCAAAUUUGUGGAAU